AAUUCACUCACAACUAGCAAACUGUAACCACCAACUGUAAACAAAGUAAUCAGAUUAUGGACACCUCUUCAGCUUCUGAAUGGAGCAGCAGCAGCACCGGAGAGCUAAUGCUCGCUUCACGAAUCCCUAAGAAGAGAGCCGGAAGGAAGAAGUUCAAGGAGACUCGACACCCGGUUUACCGAGGAGUGAGGAGUAGAAAUCCCGGCAAGUGGGUGUGUGAAGUGAGAGAACCAAAUAAUCAAUCAAGAGUGUGGCUGGGGACAUAUCCGACAGCAGAAAUGGCAGCCCGGGCACACGAUGUUGCGGUUUUGGCCAUGAGGGGGCGGUCUGCUUGUUUAAAUUUUGCUGACUCAGUUUGGCGGCUGCCUGUACCGGAGUCUAACAAUGUAAAGGAUAUACAAAAGGCAGCGGCUGAGGCUGCAGAGGCGUUUAGACAGACGGAGGAUGCGGUGGUGGGAACGAAUGAAUUGCCGGAAGUAGUGGUCUAUGCCGAUGAGGAGGAGAUGUUUGGAAUGCCUGGAUAUAUUGCUAGCAUGGCAGAGGGACUCAUGGUAGCGCCACCUCAGAUGGUGGGUUAUGCUAACUUUGUGGAUGCUGAAGAUUUUUGUGUUGACAUGUCCUUAUGGAGUUUUAUGUAGUUUCUAUUAGUAAGAUAGAUUUUCAUGGGGAUGGCUGGCUUAAACCUUUUUGUAUACAAGCCAAUCAAGUAUAUAUAUAAUGAGGAUGUGUUGCAAGGAGAAAAGAUAAGGAAAACCGUGGAACUAGGCUGUCAUGCCACGGAGAUUCAAAGCCUGAUGAUAGCGACAAUUUUCAUCAUUUAGACCAUAUCAUGCCGUCUGUAGUAAACAAACGGUACAGAGAUGGUAAUAGAAGUGGUUCGCAGACGGCAGUGGUGAUGGUUAAAGGUAGCGUUGGAUAUUGUCGGCCAAGUUUUUAACGGCAGAAAACGGAUAUCGGAAAGAGAACUGGAGACGGCAGUGAUGAUGAUGUUCCAUAUAGAAAAGAAAAGAGCAGUGAAUGUGCUGCCGGAAUCACGAAAAAGUGGUUCAGUGGCGGAUAAGUUGCAAUAUGGAUCGAUUAGCAGAGGAUGUAGACUAGGAUGAUUUUUUUGGUAGUUUCCAUGUUAAUCAUGAUCAAGAUGUUGGAUAUUUAUGUCCGGUUCGAUAAGUCAACGCUGCCGAAAGGGUCUUGACCCAUAAGAGUUAAAUCUUGAGCAACGAACGAAAAAUCCACUCAACCUGUUUAACUGGUAAUUACGAACGAUACGUGGAU